CAUUGCUGGUGCUCCUGACAGAACAAGGCCGUAGUGAUUUGGUAGCCGCUGCAGUAGGAGGAAGGACCGCGGUUCUACCCCUUCUAUCUUUCAGUUUCGCCUCAAAAUUUGUUUGGUUGUUCGACUAGUUAGCGACCAGUGAGUUCUGUAUACCUACACGGUGUUUUAUGAAUACUUAAGCAGUACUAUUCAGCAGUGGAUAGUGGUACCACCGCCAUUUUAAUCGCACGUUUUCCCCGACACAACACAAGCGCUAGCACAACAAUGGCUCUGAAAAGAAUUCACAAGGAGUUAAAUGAUUUGGCACGGGACCCACCAGCCCAGUGUUCUGCAGGACCAGUAGGAGAUGACAUGUUUCACUGGCAAGCCACAAUAAUGGGACCUAAUGACAGUCCUUACCAGAGCGGGGUUUUCUUCUUGACCAUUCACUUCCCCACAGACUACCCUUUCAAACCGCCAAAGGUAAGCCAGGAAACACACACGGGCAUGAUGGGUAAUCGAGUAUGGAUCCACGCAGAGCAUUCGCCCUGUGAAGCUGGUCUCAGCUCUAACCCCCUACAGCUUGUUGUUCCCCCGCCUUUUCACUCUCUUCUCUCUUUUCAGGUCGCGUUCACCACAAGAAUCUACCACCCAAAUAUCAACAGCAAUGGCAGCAUCUGUCUUGACAUCCUGCGAUCACAGUGGUCUCCAGCUCUCACCAUCUCCAAAGUUCUUCUGUCUAUCUGCUCCCUGCUGUGUGACCCGAACCCGGACGACCCCUUAGUACCCGAGAUCGCCCGCAUCUACAAGACUGACAGGGAAAAGUACAACAAAAUAGCUCGGGAAUGGACACAAAAGUAUGCAAUGUAGUGCUGCGGUAGAAGCAUUGCCAACCACCUCUACGACAUACGGCUAGGGGAGCUUCAGAUGUAAAGAGAAAACAAACACAAAACCGUACAAACAAAAGAAAAGUUUAAAACUUGUUGGUUUCCAUUGGAGUGCUUUCUUUGAGCCACGCCCGCCCCCUUCAUCAGAGUUCCCUCUAAACCCCCCACCCCACCCCACCCACCCCCAAUAGUUCCCCAUCCGUUUGACUGUCUUCCCCGCCUCUCAGCUCACCUGCUCCCCCACCCCUCCCUGAAGUGUACGUAUCGAAUACCAAACAUGAGAUAAAACAAAAAUACGCAACAGCUGAAAACACGUCCUGACUUUUGAAUUCAGUUCAGCUUUGUCACUAUGUAGGUUGAGCAGCGUUUCCAGUUAUUCUUCCUCCCUCUUCAUCCUCACCCACCAUCACUAAAAGCAUUCCUUUGGCCACAUGUCAGCUUAUGUGGGGACCUUUUUUUUUCUUUUUUUUUUUUACAUUUUUUAUUUCCUGUCUUGUUUUCCAAGAAAAAGGUGGGGGGGGGGGAGACAUUAGAUGGAGGGAUUUUUACACCGCACCCUUUCUUGUUUCUGCUGUCAUGAUAAUCUCCAUCCGUAGAGGUGAUGAUUCAAGAAAGCAGUUUUAGCGCGUGAGUCAAAGGGCACUCUGUAUUUUAUAAUAAAAAAAGGAAAAAGACAAACAAACCAGAAGUCAUUGUGGGUGGUGUCAGAUGAUAAAAUGCACAUAGCCUGUUCUGCUCUUCUGUUGGAUUCUAUGAAAGGACUUGAAUUUAUCUUCACCCCCCCUCUCCCCCAUCGUCAUACUAUAUCAUCUCACCCAAGUGGACCCCCUUAUGCACACAUGCGCACACACAAAUGCAUGAACAGCUGUAACCCCAUGUCAUCAGCACCAUCUUUUCUUUCUUCUUAAGGUGAAGACCAGGUAUUUAAGCAAAUAUUUUUUUUCUUAGUUUAACCUGUGUUUUUAUUUCCUUACCCCGUAACUCUCUAGUUUGCUUAUUUCUUUUCCGUUGGUUCUUUUUAUUUUUUAUUUUUCUCUUUUUGCGAAAUCUCAAAUUUAGCGGCUAACAUCUUAAAUGGCUAUGGGACUGGCUUGGGCUCUGGGUGCGAGGAGAAACACACUCUUCUUGCACAAAAACCUCUGUAUAUUGAAUUACCUGAGAGGCUCGUUGAGCUUUGUGUGUUGAUUAAACUGUGUAAAAAAAAAAAAAAAAAACGUGCCCUUGUGCUGAUUCAUUGUUGGCCAGGAUUUACAGAAGGCGGCAGCGCAAAGAUCAAAGCAAUAUCGCACACGCGCUUAAACAUCUUCGGAAGGCUGAUCCCAUCCAGACAUUAAUUACCCUGUGCUAAAAAAUACAUGAGCAUCAUGUUACUGUUUGUCAUGAAUAAAAGACUUUCAUGGAA